UUGCACAACAGCUUCUCCCGGGCCGCUCUUGAACGUCCCCCGGCUCUCAUUGUGCAGCCGAGGAAACAUCGGAAGGUUUCGACGUCGUCGGUAUGAAAUGGCAGAAAGUGGCUGUGUCGCGGAAGCACCGAGAUUAGGCUACGUCGGAGCUGCACAUGUUGACUGCGGCGACCCCGGCCUGCUGAACUGAGAACUAACGGGAGCGCGACGGUUGGGGGGUAAAACGUGGAUUAAAGACCACCAGGAUUUCCUGCCUAAAAAGAAAGGGGGGAAAAAAAGAAAGAAAACCUCCCGUCCAGCUCGCGUCUGAGGGAGGCAGCAGGCGGCUGCAGGUCGACACUGCUGGAAUUGACCGGAGAGGGAUCUCGAGAGGCCUGCCCUUCUUGGAUGCCCAGCCUCCAGAGUUCUACCAAGGUUUCAUCAUGAACCGGAACAAGCGCGAAAAGGAGUACUACAGCAUAGACGUGGGCGAUUCUACUUUUACAGUCCUGAAGCGCUACCAGAACCUCAGACCCAUUGGAUCCGGAGCACAGGGAAUUGUCUGUUCAGCGUAUGACCACAACUUGGAGAGGAACGUUGCCAUCAAGAAGCUGAGCCGGCCCUUCCAGAACCAAACCCACGCCAAGCGGGCCUACAGGGAACUGGUGCUCAUGAAAUGUGUCAACCACAAGAACAUCAUCGGCCUGUUAAACGUAUUCACGCCUCAGAAGACACUGGAGGAGUUCCAAGAUGUGUAUCUGGUGAUGGAGCUGAUGGACGCCAACCUGUGUCAAGUGAUUCAGAUGGAGCUGGACCACGAGAGGCUGUCCUACCUGCUCUACCAGAUGCUGUGUGGGAUUAAACACCUCCAUGCUGCAGGCAUCAUACACAGGGAUCUGAAGCCCAGCAACAUUGUAGUAAAGUCUGACUGCACACUGAAGAUCCUGGACUUUGGCCUGGCCAGGACCGCUGCCACCGGCCUCCUCAUGACGCCCUACGUAGUGACCCGUUACUACCGCGCCCCUGAGGUCAUCCUGGGCAUGGGUUACCAGGCCAACGUGGAUAUUUGGGCUGUGGGCUGCAUUAUGGCAGAAAUGGUUCGCCACAAAAUCCUUUUUCCUGGAAGGGAUUAUAUCGACCAGUGGAACAAGGUGAUUGAGCAGCUGGGGACGCCGUCUCAGGAGUUCCUCAUGAAGCUCAACCAGUCGGUGAGGACCUACGUAGAGAACCGGCCGCGUUACGCCGGCUACAGCUUUGAGAAGCUCUUCCCCGAUGUCCUGUUCCCUGCUGACUCUGAACACAACAAGCUGAAAGCGAGUCAAGCCAGGGACCUUCUAUCCAAAAUGCUGGUAAUAGACGCUUCCAAGCGGAUCUCUGUGGACGAGGCUCUCCAGCACCCUUACAUUAACGUGUGGUACGAUCCGACUGAAGUGGAGGCACCGCCGCCCGCCAUCACAGACAAGCAGCUGGACGAGCGGGAGCACACAGUGGAGGAGUGGAAAGAGUUGAUAUAUAAAGAAGUCCUGGACUGGGAGGAAAGGACGAAGAACGGCGUCAUCAGGGGACAGUCUGCGUCUAUAGGUGCAGCAGUGAGCAGCAGCCUUCAGCAGCCGCAGCACCGUCCCUCCACCUCCUCGUCCUCCGACCCCACCCUGACCGACACGGACAGCAGCCUGGAGACGGCCCCCGCAGGCCCCCCAGGCCCCGCUGCCAAGGCCGGUGGCCCUGUGGGUUGCUGCAGAUGACUAUCACACCUCCCCUCACCCACAGUACCCGCCUCCCCUCUGUGCUCGUCUCCAGUAGUUUAGCGUAUUAGUAAGAUAGCUGUUUAAGAAAAACGUCUGAAACAACAGAUCUUCAUCCUGUUUUCCUUUUUCAAAUAAUCAUUCGUAGUUUUUGUUUCUGUUUUAAUAUAUCAAUUUUUUUAGUCUAUAAUUUAUUGUUUUUGUUUCGUUUUUUUUAGAAAAUGGUUAUGUUUUUAUUUCACAGUAAAGUCUCUAAAAUGAUCUAUUUUUCUUUUUUGAAAGAUCUUUCGACAGUUGAUAUAUUUUUUUUCUUACUGCUUUUUACAACUCGCCAUAUAAUCGUAGAUCACGUUUGUACAGAUUCGACGGUAGCUGUCAGUUUCAUCUUCAAUACAAACUUUCGGUGAGCCUUUGAAACCUUAUUUAAUUCCCAGAUUCUUCUUUGAUCUUCCCUUAUUUGAAUUGGUCUAAAACAUUAUGAAUCUUGAUCAUUUUUAUUAUAUAUUUUUUUGGCUGCAUAUGACAUAUCCAUUUAUUUGAAACUAAUUUUGAUUUCUUUGCAAAAAGAAAAGAAAAAAACAGGUUGCUCACGAUGAGUCACUACUACUUCCUACAUUGUAAAAUGUCACUUUUUAUGAAUGCUUUAUAAUUUUCAUAUUUUUCACUUCCCAUUUGGAAAAAAAAUGCUGAGAUUUGGUUGAGUCUUUCGUCAUAUUUAGCCUAGAAGAGGGAAGAUGUGGGGUCAGUUAAUUUUGAAGUUCCUGGUAGCGAGCGGCGUGGACCCGGUGGGGUGGUAAAGUUCUGUGGAAGGAUUUGUUGUUGUGAUUUGAGAGUUUCUUUAAAAACGUGAAGUGCUGUGAGGUUUGUGACGUCGGUGGCGAAACUGGAAUGUGCUUCGGUAAAGUAGGGAAAGCAGGUGAACAUGCAUCUCAAUUAAUUUGAAUGUCGUCGAAAAGGUUAUUUUGUUAACUCAUUCAAAAACAUAAAACUAUUACUGCAUAGAUCAACUAUACACAAUACUUAAUUCUGUUUGUUUUGAUGAUUAUGGUGAACUCGCUUCACAGAUCAUUUAAAUAUUACAUAAAACUAAUAAAAACUGAACAGAAAUAUUGACGUUCUGAUCCACACAUAAAUGCUCAAUUCUUGUUCAGAGCUGUCUUUGCAUGAAUUGCUGCAUUAAUGCGGCGUGGCACGGAGGUGACCUUGGUUGUUGCCGCUUUUGCAAACCACAAAAAAGAAGACGGGUGGUAAUUGGAGGAUGACGACUCAGCAUUUUUAAAAUUGCUUAUCACGUAAACCAACUUAUUUGCGUGUGAUUUAAAUUUUCUUAUGCAAUUUUGCAGUUGCAAAAUUGUGCUUUUUCGACAUUAGAAUACUGAAGAAGCGUUGCAGACAUUUGUUAUGGAAACUCAUCUAGUAGAUGUUAGCGGUCUUUCCAUUGACCAUGUAAUCGCACAAUUUGACAGAGCGAAGUCAGAUUCGCUACAUGAAAACACGCCAAAUUUGAAUAAAUUUGCCUUCUGAUACGUUUUAGCACUAGCAUGAAUUUAUUUGAGCAUAUUAGUUUAUUUUGCAAUAUUCCAUUUCUUAUGUAAUGGAAACCUUGCGAUUGCAAAAUUCUGUCUUUUCGACAUUAGCAGAAUGUUGACAAAGUUUUGCGUAGGUCUGUAAUGGAAAAGCAUCAACUGACUUUCCUACGGUUUCGUUUAAGCAUAACCAAAAAAUUUCUGUAUUUCACAUCUUUUUUUCCAUGUAAUAUCUUUUUUUCUAACUUCUAAAUUUUGGGUUUUUAAAAGCUGCAACUUAUAGCCAUAAAUGCAGAAAAUAAAUGUCUGUCUUGAUAAUACAAAAGUCCCAACUUUUUGAAUUGAGUUGUCAAAGUAGAUCAACUUUUCAGUGAUAUUCCGAUUUGUUGAUGUGCAUCUGUUGGGUGUCAUGGAGAGGAACUCCAACUACAUGUGAAAUUGAAAACGAAAAAGGGAGUUUUCUUUUUUUUUUUCUUUUUUGUGCGUGUGUGUCGGCCAAACAAACGGACUCAACCUAUUCUUAUCGAAGGCAAUAAACGUCGCCCUCCUUUGACUGUGUUUUGAUUCUGGAAAGGUAAAGUGCCUGUCGUUCGUCCUUCAUUCCUGCGUUUUGCCGGAAGGGUGUGUGUUUGUGAUGCGUAAACUUUUCUGGUGUCUCGGUAACAACAGUAGUGUCUGUGUCAAAACAGUAGUGUGGUGGGGUUGUGGUUCUCACAAAAUGUCUAUUUUUUUAAACUUGUUUUGAGUUUGGACCCUGGAAACUGGAGAGCGUCGUCUCGCAGGUCUAAUUGAAGGAAAGCGUUGAAGGAACUGGGGAGCUUUAGCAAGUGUUUGUCAUUUCAGAGGUCUUUCAUCAAAGUGAGAAGAAGUCUCUGUUUCACAGCGACCAGAACAUGUUAAAAACAGUUUUUAGGAUUUCCUUUUUGGUUGUUAUUGUCAGAUGUUUGAAUUGAAAGAGAGAUUUUCUUAACGUUCUAAGUUGAUGUAUAUUACUGGAUUAAGCGUUUUAAGUUCCAUAACCCGACUAUUACGGUCCGGUCGAGUUCCCACGGUGAAAUUGGCUACUUGGAAAAGGGAAGCAACAGAUUGGCUUGUUGACGAGCCGCCAAACGAUAUGAUUAUUUUCACGCCGUGGUAGCGUAAGCUGUAGCUCGCUGCUGCAAUCGGUUUUGGCGUCUCGUCAUCUGGGUCAACACAGACGACACCGUCUGCUCCAGUUUCUGUUGCGAGUUCGCACAUCUGUGUCAGAAGAGCUGGCAGACGUGCAGCUUAACUUACUAAAUCGGGUUGCAUCAUUAAAACUUGACACACGCUCCAUCGUAAACACACCAGAUAAUUAAUUAUUCCUUAUCAUGUUUGCUAAUCUGUGAAGUCAUUAUCCGUUUUGUAAAAGAUGGGGAAAAAAACCCGCUAAGUGUUUCUUAUUUAUCACGAGUUCAAACGAUAACUCGGUGAAAUCAUUUUCGCUUCCAAGUGAUUUUAUCGGUCGAUUAAAUAAAAGCAAGAAUAACUUUAUUAUUCACUAAUUCGACAGCAAAUUUUAUGAAUAAAACAUAGCAACAGAAAUGAGGACAACCAAUAAAGAUUAGCUAGAAACGAAGCAUGCAGUUAAGCGGUUACCAGCAAUACAUAUUGGUGUUAAUGUCAAUAACUAAAGGCAUUUUAUAUGUAACUUCAUUAUGUAAUACCUUAACAAAGUUACCUCAUCAACUAGCCACAAAACCUUAUUUUUUUUUCAUAUUUAGUUUUAUUGACAAAUUACUUAUUUGGACAGCUGAUCAUGGGCAAUAAUUCUAUUUUUUGGUGACAACCAUUAAAACAAAUGGGAUUAUCAUUUAUUAGCUAAAUAUAUUGAUGCUAAGGUCAACAAUAUAUUUUAUUAUGUCAUCAAGUAGUAAGUUAGCUUCUCCAAAACUCCUGGAAGGUUAGGAACAGCGCGAUGUAUAAUUCUGUUCUAGUUUCUACACUGACAGAUAACUUAUUCUUUUUAUUAUUUAGACAAUGUUUUUAAUUUAUUUGAAUGUAAUACAUUUAACAGCUAAUUAUACUGCUAUAUAUGCAUACAUAUAACAAGUUCUAUUUUACAUUUCAACAAAUUUAGCUCAAAGUCAAACACUGGCUUUCACAAAAGAUUGAGUAGCUGUUAGUAUAACAAGAAGCUGUAAGAUCUUAAGUUGCAAAUUAAAUUUUUUUGUUUUUCUGAAACAGAAUAAAACACCAAAAAAAAGCAUAUUCUGAGUCGCACAGGUGUUGGGGGGAAUAACCUUUUAUUGCCACUCAUAUUUGAACUUGACUUAUUAGCAAGCAAGCGCUAGCGUACGAAGGAGCGGUUAACGUAUUAAGCAUACCACUGCUUUUUGUAGCGAGUUUAUUUGGUGCAACCCGCUUUAAAAAGAAUAUCAGAAUGAUUACGAAGUAACUUUGAUGCCCCUGCAGCCAAAUCCAUCAAAUCUAAAACUCAGUGCAACAGUUGCUGUAGUUUACAGUGGAAGAGUAUAAGCUUCCAUUGAAAAAAAAUUUGUAAUUUUAAUAAGGAGGCAAACAGUGGCAUUUAUCCAGUACUGAUAUUAGCAAAGAGGGGGAAAAAAGCAGAUCAGGAAAAGAUAUAUUGUCAGAAGUGCUCUUAAUAUUUUUUUCGCCCAACAUUGGGGGCAUCAAUUUGAGUCAUAUACAUAUCCGUGCUAUUGUUUUUUUUUUUUUGGUUUUGUUUUUCCAUUGUUUUUCUAGUAGUAUUCCUUCGUCUCUCAGCAAAUCUCCUCUGAUUUAAGUCGACUUUGAUGAACUACCUCACGCUGAAUUUCUGUCAGUUCUUGGUAAUAUUUUGUCACCUGCAGAAUGAGCUUUCAAAGGUGUGUGAAUAACAGAUUCCAUUAUUUAUUUAUUUGAAAGUGUACUAUUUGUCGGUUUCAAGCAGACUUCUAGUUUUGUACAUUAUGUAUACUUCACCCAGAAGUAAAAGAAUUAUUGUAUUGUUUUUUUUUUUUUGUUGGUUUUUUUUUACUAAAUGUGCAAUACCUUCAGCAAACUAUGCUAGUUGUAUGUAUAGGUUUAGCAUUUGUUAGCAUUUCCUGAAGGUAAAGAAAAUGUUUGGUACUGUCAAUUCAUGUUUUCUUUCUUUAUUUUUUGUUUUUUACAAAUAAGACUGAUUUUUAUUUGUGACUUGUUUUAUAGUUAUAAUGUUACGCAAUCUGUCACACCAACCCAAAAAAUUCUGUCAGGGUUUGAUGGAGAGACUGAUGUUUCAUCAAAUAACCCUGGUCUGAUAGAUUUAUUUUAUUUUAUUUUUAUUUUGAUGUGGGCUGUAUUAGUAUGAGAUGCACAAAAAAAAAAGAAAAGUGAGUAAAUACCUACAAGAAAUUGUUAUGUAUACUACGGUGCUGGUUUGUAAUGUCUGCCAGUGAAUCCAGCCAUGCUACUAGUUUUAAGAAUUUCUGGAUCUGUGCGUCCCAACAGCAACCAGUGGGAGGGGAAAAAAGUGCACUAAAUAAACAUGCACUGGGAUCUCGUGAUGCCACCUCUUAUAAAUGGAAAGAACAUCUACUGCAAAUAAAGAAAUACACUUUGAUUUGA